GCCCAUGGAGACUCUUCGUCAGGAGAAUGCGCAAUGACGACCUUCGGACCGUUGCUGAACAGUACCGUACUUUGAAGGCCGACCCCGAGAGCGAUGAGUUCCAGGACCUUCUGCGAGAGUGCGCCGAAGCAACCGAGCGAGCACGCAAUGGCGAACUAGCUUUUGGAGCUUCUUUGAAGGACAUUGCAAGGCGGAACAUGACUAGGGUGGCUCUGUCAUGCGCCAAGGAGUUGUCGGAGGAGGGGAGCUCUCGGCUGGAAGAGGUGUGCUUGGCCAUGGGCACCCCUGAGUCCGCCAACAAGGUACUGGGUGCAAUCCGGCGCCGCUCGAACGCAGCAGAGCGCCAGGCCGAGCGUGCUGAUCAAGCCGCAGUUGCCAGGUACGCGAAGGAGUUCACCGAUGUUGCCAUUGCAGACAUUGAUCGUGCUUCCCCUGGUUUGAGCGGCACUCCUUGGACCUUUGUUGCACGAGCGCCCGUGUGGGGAGGCGUGCGUAUUCUCGAGACCAACCCAGCGGCCAUUAGAGACGCUGCUGCGCACGUCUUCCAGCAUCGGAAAGACGCAGGCCAUAAGACGAACUUUGGCGCAGUAGGGCAGAAGUUCUGGGAACGCCUUCAUCGGCUCAUCGGCGACGCAGAGCCCAUGGGGCCGACUGCGUCAUCAGAUAGAGAGGCACCGUCCAUAUGUGAAAAGGUUGGCAUCUGCUUGCACACCAAGGCGGGCCAGGAGUUGUUCAGGUUGCGGAACAAGCUCCUGAGGUCUAUGAAGGAGGAGUUCCCAGUUUGGGAGCCUGUCAAGCGUGGCCUUUUGAAGGAGGGGCACAUUGUCAUCCGCCUGAUGCACGUGCCCGACGUGGAGGACGAGGGCGAGCAGAUUGCGUUGUCUGAUCUCUGGGGCUUGAGGCCGCGGUGGUUCCAUAUCUGCGACAUGUCGCUGAACCCUUGCGAGCCCACGCUCUCGGAGCUCGUUGAGCCGAACGAGGAGGAGUUCGUCGCCGCGGCCCCGCUUGCAGACGAGGUGGCGCUGAAG